GUUAUCUGAACACGUGAAUCAUGUCACAGCUGGAAUGCUGCAUCAACCAAUCAGCAAUCGGGAAAUCUGUUUUUUAGUCUGAAGCAUGUUUUGUGUUAAAGCCAUGCCAUGCAAUAUGUUCUCCAGUUGUGUCAUCAAAGUACCCAUCAAUCAGUGAAGUGUUGAGAACUGAAUUGGUUAAACACUUUGAUUUAUUCUACUGAUCAUGAGAUCAGUGACACCCACACAAGACUUUAAACUCAAACUGGGCCAUACGAACAUUACAUGACCUCCCUGAACCGUCUGCGUAAUGCUGAAACGUGCCAGUGGGGCUAAUUUUGCACAAAAAUGGACGUCUGCCCAAACUUUCUAGGAGUUACUGGAACGUCGGCAAGCAGAAGAACUGGAGAAGCCAAUUUAGCAUUAAAAAAUGAGUACGAGUUUAAUUGACACCUUAAUUUACGCAUUUGCGCAUGUGUGUUUAUUAAGUUGCAUUGUACAAACUGGUCAUUCUCAGCGUCAGGGCAACAGUGGAGCGGCAGCUCUCAGACAAACCAUACAAUGGCAGCACAACGGCAAACUCUUUAGUAUAUUAAGUCAAGGCUCGGAAUAUCAGCCACCGUUAAAACGAGACGGAAACAAAGAGCAGACGCAAGCCAGGCCGAUAGCCAUCGUCCGCAACGAUGAUGCGGCUACGAGAACCGACGGCUCAGCAGCUGCUGCUGCUUCUUCUUCGCGGUCCUCCCAGAGCCACUCCGCGCACUUGCAGUCAGGUAUCGGUGCGCGCUGGUUAUCAGGUGGAGCGCGCGCCAGAGGAUCACGCGGGCGCAGGAAUCAGACGGAGCAGCUGCAAACAUCAGUCAACGGCACCGAGAGACCCGCGCUGGACGAUGAAAUGAUGGUUGGAGAUGAUCCCUACAACCCAUACAAGUCUAGUGACCCGGACAACCCGUUUUAUAACUAUUAUGACACGUACGAGAGACCGCGUCCUGCACCGCGCCCGGGAUAUGGUACAAGAUACUUCCAGCAUGGUUUGCCUGAUCUUGUUGGAGACCCAUACUACAUCCAAGCGUCCGCCUACGUGCAGAGAGUUCCAAUGUACAAUCUCAGAUGCGCCGCUGAGGAAAACUGCUUGGCUAGCUCUGCAUACAGAUCCAGCGUGAGAGACUAUGACACGCGUAUGUUGCUGAGGUUCCCGCAGCGAGUCAAGAACCAAGGAACCUCUGACUUCCUUCCCAGCCGGCCGCGCUACACCUGGGAAUGGCACAGCUGCCAUCAGCACUACCACAGCAUGGAUGAGUUCAGUCAUUAUGACCUGCUGGAAUCCAGUUCUCAGAGAAGAGUAGCUGAGGGACACAAGGCCAGUUUCUGUCUGGAGGACACGUCCUGUGACUACGGCUACUACCGACGAUACGCCUGCACCUCCCACACUCAGGGCCUGAGUCCAGGAUGUUACGACACUUACAAUGCCGACAUCGACUGCCAGUGGAUAGAUAUUACUGAUGUGAAUCCUGGAAACUACAUCCUCAAGGUUAGUAUAAAUCCCAGUUACCAGGUGCCAGAGUCGGACUACAGUAACAAUAAUGUGCGCUGUGAUGUACGUUACACCGGAAACUACGUUUAUGUUUCAGGAUGUCAUAUUUCACAGUAUUAAGAAUCUACUAAAGGAUCCUAAGGAAUAGGGAAAGAUCAUCAGAAAAGAAGUUUGAUGAUAAAAACCUGCGACAAAGUGAACAGAUGAAUGGACGCCGAUCAUGGGCCACUUUCCUGUUUGUGAGAGCCAAUAAUCAGCAGGGCAUUUUAGUGUCGACAGUGCCACAGAAUAUAGAAGCCUGAGGCAUAAGUCCAGUUUUACAGUGAACUGCAUUAUUCAUUUUUUGUUGUUGUUUUUUUUUUUUUGCUAUGAAAUUACUAAGCAAAAAUGAAAAAAGAAAAAUAAAGAGUCUAGGGUCAUAUUGUGCUAGAUUCCUAUAGAAAUUUGGAGAAAAUGGUGGUUAUACUACCAGAAACCACCACAGUUUGCAGAGAAACCACACAUUCCCCAAAUCAUUCAGCAUCAUUCUCUCAGACUGAUAAAUUAUAAACAUUAAACCUUCAGAUAUUGAUCCACACUGGGGUUUUUUUUUUUUACCUAAAACAUGCUUUAGUGUGCUAGAGCUAUGCUUUAGUUGUGUAUUCUAAGUAGAUAUUUAUAUACAGAUGCUCAUAUUACUACAACACGUUUUAUAUAUGAAAUGAAAAUUACUUGAAUAAAUAACUUCACACUAA